AUGGUUGCUGCUACGCUUUCAGGCGGAGGACACCAUUGGAACAUAUCCAAGCUCCUGCUGUGCUUUCAGGAACGAGAAAGGAAUAUUCUUGACGUUGGUGUCAGUCAAAAUGCCUUCCUUUUCCGAGUUGCAUUGCCAAGUAUGAGGAUUGAUCAAAGUAAGUUAAAAUGUGAGAUCCAACGCGAUGGACAGGGUAUUGUAACUCAAGGCACCGAAGUGCUAUGGGGAUUAUCGAGAAAAUGUGAGACGAGAAACGAGACAUUCUGCUCACCAGGGCCAUUCACCAUUUCCUUUACUCUGCCUGGAGCAGUUGAUCCACGAUUGUUUUCUCCAACCUUCCGUCCUGAUGGCAUUCUGGAAGUGGAGGUCUUGAGAAACAGUAGGCCAAAUGAUCCAGCUGAUGCCUAG